AUGCGGCGAUUUACGGCACGAAACGUGGCACUCUUGGCGCGUACUCAAAGUCACAAGUUUCAAGGCUCAUCGAUGCGUCAAGCACUGAUUCUCAGCGGCUUAAGUCUAUCGGUGCUGGUCUUCGCUAAUGAUGAGCUAACGGACGGAAGAGCUGCGCGCUUGGAGGCGCAGUGCGAUGCCCGGUACGCCCCUCCCGCAGUGGACGAUGGCGCCUUUUCCGUACCGCUCGAGCGCGAGGAGUUUGUGUCCGUCGCCAAGUCGCGUGUUUCAAGGAUCAGCAGUGCAUCGUACAAGGCCAAUUUUCCGAUUGAAGACAAGUACGCGGUGGAGACGACGGACUCUGGAGACGUGUUUGCGGCCGUAUUGGAUGGCCAUGGUGGAUGGCAGGUCUCUGAGUAUGCGAAGAAAACGCUAAUUGGCAACGUACAGAAGGAGUUCUCGUAUCUACACAAGCCGGGAACAAACGAGCCGGCUGAAGGCGACAAGCCAGCAGUUGCGAAUGCAAGCGUGGCUGCUGCUAUCCAGCGUGCCUUCGGACGCACUGAUCGCGACCUUAUGGCAGAGGUGGCUUCGGCUUUUAAGCUAGGCUUUGGAGCCGUAGCGCGGUGUGGAUCUUGCGGAUGCCUGGCUUACGUGCAUGAAGGCACCGUCUACGUUGCUAACGCUGGUGACAUUCGCGCGGUAUUGGGGAAACUUGGAGAGGAUGCUGCCACGAUUGUGGCCAAACCACUUAGUAACGACCAAAACGCCAUGGUGAAGUUCGAGCAAGAAAAGCUCGUCAAGGAGCACCCGGAUGAGGCAAACGUAUUCACGUGUCGACACCCGGACUCGUGCUACGUAAAGGGUGCGCUGCAGCCCACGCGUGCGUUUGGUGACUUCUCGCUUAAGUACUCGGAGUUUAACGGUCCGCCUUACACGAAUGGCGAUCGCACUGCCGGUCGCCACUUUUCAGCACCUUUCACUCCGCCUUACAUCACGGCUAUCCCCGAAAUUACGUCGCACCAGCUGGAUAGUAGCGACAAGUUCCUCAUUAUCGGCUCGGAUGGGCUGUGGGACCAUCUUAGCAAUGAAGAGGCUGUGGAUAUCGUGAAUGGACAUGCUUCAUGCGGAAACCAUGAUCUCGCUGGACGUGCACUGGUCGAACGUGUGCUACAGAAAGCGGCGAAGCGCUACGAGAUGGGGUACCAAGAACUGCUGAGCCUGCCACCCGGGGUUAAUCGUCGCCGUCGCCACGAUGACACAACUGUAGUGGUUCUGUUCUUUGACUAG